AUGAGCUCAACAAAUCAACCCCCCACCGACAAAGAACCAACAGCAAUCCAAGCCACUAAAACCCCAGAAGGAAUCACAACAAUAACCCUCAACCGCCCGCAUCGGCGCAACGCCGUCGAUGGCCCGACAGCCCAAAAGCUGACCUCCGCUUUCCUCGAAUUCGAAAACGACUCUACCCAAAAAGUCUGUGUCUUCCAUGGCUCCAACGGCACAUUCUGCGCUGGCUUCGACCUCCACGAAGUCGCUAAAUAUGAUUCCAAGCCCGGGAACAACGAAGGUAGCUCAGCGUCGUCCCAGUCUAGCUACACGGGUCCCCGAAUAAGCCACCACGACCGUGUUCAGGGACGCAAUAUCGGCCCCAUGGGCCCCUCCAGAAUGCAGAUCACCAAGCCUGUCAUCGCCGCUGUAUCCGGGUACGCUGUUGCCGGGGGGCUGGAACUCUCGCUGCUCGCCGACAUGCGAGUCGCAGAGGAAGAUGCCGUCUUCGGAGUAUUCUGUCGGCGGUGGGGCGUUCCUCUUAUCGAUGGCGGGACUGUGCGGUUACAGGCUAUUGUCGGGCUGGGCCGUGCAAUGGAUAUGAUAUUGACGGGGCGGGCCGUGGAUGCGAAAGAGGCGUUUGCGAUGGGGCUUGCGAAUCGGGUUGUUGCGAAGGGGACGGCGGUUGAGGAGGCGAUGGGGAUUGCGAGGCAGCUUGUGACUUUCCCACAGGGGUGUAUGAAUGUGGAUCGGGCGUCUUGUUACUACGCGGCGUAUAAUGCGAGAAGUUUUGAGGAUGCGUUAGGGUUUGAAUAUGAUCAUGGGAUUAAGGUCGUUGAGGAGGAAAGUGUGAAGGGGGCGGCGAGGUUUAGUGCUGGGGCUGGCAGGCAUGGGAGAUUUGGGUUUGAGGGGUCUCUUUAG